AUGUAUCCUCUUGAUGGGUCAGCUCGGCCGCAUCCUCCUGGCACUACACGCCUCAAUUCGGUCGAGCCUGACAAGCAAAUCGGCUUUACAGUGCUUGUCCGGCCCCAAACCGGUGCCCCUCGUCUGCCUGACCUGGCCCAAUGGCAGGCUAUUCCCAUUGCCGAGCGCCAGUUCCUGUCGACUGCAGGGUUUGAAAGAACGUACGGCUCCUCCGAAGAUGAUAUAGUGAGCGUGGCCUCGUUCUUGGAGAAAGCGGGCAUGACCAUCCGGAGCAGGCACGCUGGUGCAGGAACCGUGGAAGUCCAAGCAAAGACAUGCCAAAUCCACUCCGUUUUUGCUGUGCAGUUGUUGUACUAUCGGGGCCAGUUACGGCCCGCGGCUCGAAAGCGGCGCGACGAUAAACAACCCGCUGAGGAGACCUAUAUUGGGUUUGAAGGUUGCAUUUCCCUGCCGGCGGCGCUGCAUGACAAAGUCAUCCACAUUUUUGGUCUCGAUACUCGCACCUUUGGCGCCUCUGGCGGAUACUCGGGGGAUCCACCCCGCGCGCAACGACUGAUCGUGGCGGAGCUAGCGGCGCUGUAUGGCUUCCCAGCCGGGGUGGAUGCCAGCCAGCAAACCAUCGGCAUUUUCAGCGGGGAGGGCAAUGACGACAAGGGCCAGUCCCUGAGCAACUACCGUCCUGCCGAUGUCGCAGCUUAUUUCAACAACCAGACGGUUGGCUACAACCGCGCCCCCACGGUGGUCCCUGUCUCGCUGACCGUGGCCGACCAAACAUACCGCAACGAUCCGGAUCAUCCAACCCAGGAGCUCUCUCAGGACAUCAUGACCGCGGCAACCAUUGCACAGGGGUGCACGGUCAACGUCUACUUCAGCGAUCUCACCGAGCAGGGCUGGCUGGCGUUUCUGACGCGCGUGUUAUUCCCGCAGGGAGAGGAAAAGCGUCCCACCAUCGUCUCCAUCAGCUGGACAAUGUACGAUGAGCAAACAUACCGGGACCGGCUCUCUUUCCUUUUCCAGCGCCUGGCAGUAGUCGGCACCUCCGUCUUCGCCAUCGCCGGCGACUGGGGUGCCAACAACAACAUCAUUGAUGGCCAGCCGCAUGUCGGCUGGCCUGGUAGUGACCCCUGGGUGACCUGCGUGGGCGGCACGGUAGUCGGCAACGUGCGCUCCUCAGGCGCCUUCACCGAGCAUGCAUGGAGCGAUCGCGACAAUCCCGACAGCCAGUUUACCAUUGAUGGCCAUCUGGGCGUCACGGGGGGAGGGAUGAGCCGGGUCUUCGCUACACCUCCCUACCAACUGAGUAGUGGGAUCAGCGCGGUGACGGACUGCAAUGGGGAGCGGUGGACGGGAGGCCGCUUCAUUCCGGACAUCACAGGCAUGGUGGGGUUCAGGGGCUUCAUUGUCAAUGGCAAACGGAAUUAUUUCAUCGGUACGAGCUGCAGCACGCCUCUGUACGCCGGGCUUUUUGCUGCGCUGGCCAGCGCCUUGGGAGGGGGAGGAGAAGGAGGGGUGCUCUUUGGACCUCUCAAUACCGUCUUGUAUCAGAUUGACAGGGGUGUCUAUCGGGAUAUCACCUUUGGCCAUAAUGAUUCCGGUGAUAUGCCUGCCUGUGCGUACUUUGCUGCGGGGGAGGGGUAUGAUACUGUGAGUGGGCUUGGGAGUGUCGAUGGGCGUAGGACGCUCGAGGAACUGCGGAGGAUCUAUUGGCCUAAGACAAAAGGGUUUGGCUGUUUUCGGAAUUAG